AUAUACACAAGACAUGGCUUUACUGUCUUCCUCCCUUGAUUCGUGGAACGUUUUCAGUAGAGUAAACUAUUGGAAUAUUCGCCCGCACAGAGUUAAAAGCAGCCCUUUUUGUGUGACAAUGUGUUCUGUUGAGAAGUCAAAGAGGGUCUGGAUAUGGACAGAGAACCAGCAAGUUAUGACUGCUGCUGUUGAGAGAGGAUGGAACACUUUUGUUUUCAUGUCUCAGAAUCAUCAACUCGCAAAAGAUUGGUCAACAAUUGCUUUGAUAGAUCCUUUGUUUGUUAAAGAAGGGGAGGUAUUUGAUGGUAUGGAGAAAAGGGUUGCUAGUAUUUGUCAGGUUGCAACGCCACAAGAGUUGCAGAAGCUUCAGCCAUCAGAUGAGCAGGCGGAUAAUAUUGUGAUUGAUUUACUGGAUUGGCAAGUUAUACCUGCAGAAAAUAUUGUUGCAGCAUUCCAAGGCAGUAAAAAAACUGUAUUUGCAAUCUCAAGAACUCCCUCUGAAGCCCAAAUUUUUCUUGAGGCCUUAGAGCAAGGCCUGGGCGGAGUUGUACUGAAAGUUGAGGAUGAUGAAGCUGUUCUUGAGCUAAAGGAAUAUUUUGACAGAAGGAAUGAAGUAAGCAAUCUCCUUAGCUUGACCAAAGCCACUGUAACUCGAGUCAAUGUAAUAGGAAUGGGUGAUCGAGUUUGCGUGGAUCUUUGUAGCCUCAUGAGACCUGGUGAAGGACUUCUAGUUGGGUCCUUUGCUAGGGGACUUUUCCUUGUCCACUCCGAGUGCUUGGAGUCAAACUACAUUGCCAGCAGGCCUUUUCGAAUAAAUGCUGGACCUGUGCAUUCCUACGUGCUUGUUCCUGGAGGAAAAACUUGCUACCUUUCAGAGUUAAAAUCUGGCAAAGAAGUUAUUGUGGUUGAUCAGAAAGGCCAGCAGCGAACAGCAAUUGUUGGUCGUGUGAAGAUAGAGUCUAGACCUCUUAUCCUUGUAGAGGCAAAGGGAUCAGAUCAUCAAACUCAUUACAGCAUAAUUCUACAGAAUGCCGAAACAGUCGCCUUAAUCGCUCCCUUCCAAGAAAAUGGAGGAAAGAAAACAACUAUACCUGUGACCUCACUGAAGAUGGGGGACGAAGUUUUGCUGAGGGUACAAGGCGGUGCACGACAUACAGGAAUAGAAAUUCGAGAAUUCAUUGUUGAGAAUUAAAGAAGCAUGAUGAAAUAUUCCUGCUGAAUUUGUUCAUGACUGUAGCUGUUAUAAUGUCAAUAAGUAAUAUCUGCCCUGCUGAAAGUCUUGCAUCUGCAUCUAAUGACAAACGGAUAAUAAAUUUAUCAUGCAAUGUUAAAAGUUAUUUCUCCAUA